GACAGUUAUCAGAAUCAGACAGAAUGAACGUGACAGUGCUUCGUAGAACCCGGGAAAGAUUUGAAAUAAAAUAAUAAAAUUUUACAAAAAUGCCACAAUUUAUUACUCUCGACGAAAAUGUUCUCACACAUUGUUCCGAGUUACAUCAAUAACCUGAGUAAUAAAUCAACAUAAUUGCUCUAAAUGACUUGUGUUUGUUGUCGUGAACUUAUAUUUUGAGGUUAUUUCAUGAUAAAUUUACAUAACUUUAAAUUACUUGUUGGUUUUAAAUUAAACUGUUAAUAUGGAGCGUAAGGGUAAAUCGAAAUCGUUUAAAUCUACGCAUUUCCCACCUUUAGUGGCGGGGGCUAUAGCUGGUGUGUCUGUAGAUGUGACCCUGUACCCUCUGGAUACACUAAAGACUCGGUUGCAGAGUGCUCAAGGUUUCCAAAAAGCUGGCGGCUUCAGUGGUGUCUACAGAGGUCUGCUAACCGUAGCUGCAACGUCUAUGCCCACAACAGCACUGUUCUUUGUAUCGUAUGAAGCUACCAAGACCCUCUGCCAGCCCCUGGUGGCCACACAGUACACUCCUAUGGUGCACAUGUUCGCAGCCAGUGUCGGUGAAGUGCUAGCGUGUCUGAUCCGCGUCCCCACCGAAAUAGCGAAACAGAGGAAACAAACAUACGUCGGUACCAACUCCAAGAGUAGCGUAUCCAUACUGUUACAUGCAUACAAGACCGAAGGUUUCUUCCGCGGCGUGUAUCGCGGUUUCGGCUCCACCGUGCUGCGAGACCUGCCCUUCAGCUUCAUAGAGCUGCCAGUCUGGGAGAUGCUGAAGACUACAGUCAGGAAAUAUAACAACGGCGAGAUUAGCAGCUUUCAGAGUGCAAUCUGCGGCUCAAUAGCAGGUGGCUUCGCAGCGGUCCUAACAACGCCUUUAGACCUCGCCAAAACCCGCAUCAUGUUAUCAGACGGGUACAGAGUAUCAGGGAAGAUGAGGAUCAGACCAGUCCUGACUUCCAUCUACAUAGAGUCAGGGUUCAAAGGUCUCUUCGCUGGAGUCAUGCCAAGGAUGACAGCCAUCAUGAUUGGAGGAUUCGUCUUUUUCGGAGUAUAUGAAGAUGUGAAGAAGUAUGUUGAAAAAUAUUUCGAUAGGAGAUAGCAUUUGGUGUUAAAUUUGUAAAUUUUUCUUGUGACCCGCUGCAAGCAUUAUGUGGUUUUGGAACUUGGCUACCAAUAUGACUGUUCUAGUUAUAAGUACUGUUUAAGGCUCUACACAAGUACCUAAAUCAAUAGGCUCACAUGGGACUUACAACAUAAAUUGUGAAGAAGUAGGUGUACAUUGUACAGUGGCAAUUACAUGUCGCAGUGUGCACCUCUGCCUACCCUUUGGGGAUUAAAGGCGUGACGUUAUAUAAAAAACAAGUACCUAAGCACGUUCAGGGCUAUUUAAACGUACAUAAAUUAAAGACUGGUGUCAAUCUACCUAGAAAGUUUAUUUGGUAGUUUUCUAUUAAACAGCUGGACUGAUCCUGAUGAGAUUUGUUACAGAGAUAGAUAGGAUUUUGGAGUCGAUUACACGUACUUUCCUUACAGAAACUAAUUUACAAGGCAGGUCAUUCACUGUACAAUAUGAUGGUGCUUAAGUUUUAUUCUAAGAUUUGUAUAAUAAUGCUGAAAUGAGUCGUUUGUAUGAGAUGUUUUCUAUAUUUUGAUUACCUAUAUUGUAAGGUGCAAUAUUUGAAAUUAUUUAUUUAUGAAAUUGACAGUAUUUUGACUUGUAUGUUAUAUUUUCCUUUAUUUUUUGAAAGCACUGGCCUAAUAGGGAUUUGAUAGUAUUAGAAGGUACAUACCAAAGACCAAAGAAAUGUUAUUUUAUCAAUAUUUUUUAAAAUGUAAGGAUUUUAGUUUUUGUUUGGUAGUUUGGGUCUUAACAUUAGUUCCUAAUUUAUAGUAUACCUCAUGUAAUUUUGUUGGUGUAUGGUUGUAAAAUCGAAUAGUAGAUAGCUAUGUAUUUGAGAUACAUUGUGUAUAUUUAAUGUGGUUGAAUUUGUUAUGUAAAUAGUUAUUAGUUCUGUGAUGUUUUUCAAUAAAAUGUUGGAAUUUAA